UGAGUGCUGCCUGAAAAGCUGAACUGAGGCGAGAAAAAUCCCACUUCUUCAGGAAAUCCCCCUUCCUUCUUCCGCAGUGAGGGAUGACGUCAGCCGGCAGCAGCAGCAGAGCUUCCUGUGCUGAUGUGCGCAAAGCGAAAGAGGCUGCACAAUGCUCUCUACCCCCGCUGCUGGACUUCUUUUCACAUUAGCUUGGAUUUAUCCAAGUUACGCUCUCUACUUCCACAUAGGAGAGACGGAGAAAAAAUGCUUCAUUGAGGAAAUUCCGGACGAGACCAUGGUUAUUGGGAAGUACAGGACUCAGCUGUGGGACAAGCAGACCAGUUCUUUCCUCCCAUCCACCCCCGGCCUUGGGAUGCAUGUCGAGAUCAAGGAUCCAGAUACAAAGAUUAUCCUCUCUCGUCAGUACGGUUCAGACGGACGGUUCACCUUCACCUCCCACACUCCUGGAGAACAUCAGAUCUGUCUGCACUCCAACUCCACCAAGAUGGCUCUGUUUGCAGGUGGAAAACUGAGAGUGCACCUGGAUAUUCAGGUCGGGGAACAUACCAACAACUACCCUGAAAUUGCAGCUAAGGACAAACUCACUGAGCUGCAGCUACGAGUCCGACAGCUUCUGGACCAGGUCGAGCAGAUCCAGAAGGAGCAAAACUACCAGAGGUACCGUGAGGAGCGUUUUCGCAUGACGAGCGAGAGCACCAACCAGCGCGUCCUCUGGUGGUCCAUCGCUCAGACGCUCAUCCUCAUCGUCACUGGGAUUUGGCAGAUGAAGCACCUCAAAAGCUUCUUUGAGGCCAAGAAGCUGGUGUAAUAAUCUAUGUGUGCAUCUGGAACGACGUAAACACAAGCAGACAGACUUGACUGACAGGAACAGAGAGACGCCCACAGAAACACCCAGGAGGAGACACGUGGUCUUAAUAUCAGCCAUAAAUGGUACGAGCAAAUUCACGAUCCUCAGCAAUGUGUUUUUUUUUUUUCUUGUUUCAAGAUAUUGUUAUUUUUCCGUUAGCAACAACAGAAUGGCUUACCCAUUGCAAAUUCCUUUCUUGUUGUGUUCAUUAUGUUUUCACUGGACAUGUCAUUUUCCUGUCUUCCUGUGCAAGAAGAAGCAGAGACAACAUUAGCGACCUGAGGUUGUGUUUUUAAGAUCGUACAGGAGUGAAUGACUGCAGCAGUAGAAACAUAACAAUGAGAAUGUUACAGCUGUUUCUAUGUUCACCAAGUGGUCACACUUAUGCAAAUAUUAUACAGGCAACGAUUCCUCAUAUGUGCGCUUUAUAACACUAUACUUGAACCCCUGCGUUUAACAUUUAUAAGUAGUACGUAAUAAUAAAUGGUUCAUAACACCCUGAAAUAUAGAUGUAAGUUUAAUGGAGGAAAUUUUAAGUGUUGAUUAAUGUAUUUGUGAACAGUUUUAACCUCCUAUGAAGCAUCUGCAAAUGGUGAAUAAACAGUUAAUUAUCUUUAAUAACAGUAUAACAUAGCUGUGAUCAUAUUAAUGACACACAAUAACACACUAACAAGUCCUCAGUGUGUUACAAAAUGUAUUACCUGUUUAUGAUUGUGUUGAUCUUGAUUUUAAAGGUCCCAUAUUUUACACUUUUACAGUUUUUUACUUGAUGUGUUGAUAUCCAUAAGAAGAUAUAUUUGCAGUUUUAAGAAUCAAAAACCAUCUUGAUGUUGUUGAGCCAAUUGACUGUUUUCUGAGUGGUUGAAUAAAAAUAUAGCAGAGUUCAGUUGAACACACAGAGAAAACAAAUUAAAUCAGGCUUACUUUAGUAAAUUCUGUUUCACAAAGCAACUAGAGUUACCAUGGAAACACAGUCUCUUCUCUGAACCUAGACCUGAUUUAUCAGCAAAAAAGACAUUGAAAUCUCACUUUAUACAAUAUAUGGGACCUUUAACUCAAAGUUCAAUUACUAGUUAUUACCUGGGGCUUUCAGCCACAUCUUGUGUCCUUCAUCAGAUAAUAGUGUUUGUUCAGUUGUGAUGGAGGGUAAAAGAGUAUCUGUAAAUAAACCACACAUACAUGAAUUCAUUAAUUCAAUCCAAUCAUUCAUUAUUAUCUGUUUAUGCACCAGUUCCUGAUGUUUCACAGCACAAAUACAUUGAUAACCACUUUAAAUGUCUUAAUAUCUGAUUACAACUACAUUAGUUUGUUAUAAACCAUUUAUUUUGUGCUUAGAAAUGUGAAAUGGGGUCAAACUGAACUGUUACGUCCAUCCUUCUACCGACUGUAUAUAGUUUCUAGCUUGAGUCCAGUGUCCUGUAUAUUUUACCCGAGCUUGGUCUGUAGAUACAGUUUGUGAUACUCAUCUAUGAAUAACAGGAGUCUACUGUAUGUUGUAAAUAACAGGUAAAGCCUAUUGACUGUCCUGUUCAUUUUCUAAUGCCUUUUACAUGGAUUGAAUGAGUCUUUACAUUUGUUUUAUUUGUGUCACCAGUUCUUUUUGUUUCACCAGAACUUAUUUAUUGAGCUGUCGUAACCUGUGUUUUAUUGCUGAGCUUUAGCAACAUUUACUGUAAUUUUCAGCGUUUUAAUACUUUUACAAGUCCUGUUAAUUUAGAGGAAGAACUUCAUAUCAUUGGAGAGGAACAAAGUAA